AUGUCCCCUUGCUCUGCAGUAUUUUACAGCUUACCACCGAGCACAUGUAGUCGGCCAAGCAACAGUAUGCCAUUUCAAACUCAAUCAUGUUUUCCAGACGUUUGGAUGUACCAACAAGCCCAUGGACAUUACUUGAAUUGGAUACAUCCUAAAUACACCAACUGUGAAGAUCAAUCUUCAUUGAUAAAAUACAAAAUUUGUGAAACCAAUAAAAAACGACCAAGUGUUAUUCAAAGUACUGGGCGAGUAUUACCUUUAGAUGAAGCAGGUACUAACAUUCCAUUAACUAAUGUUUUACCACUUCCUUCAAAGCCGUUGGAUGUAAAUCAUAUCAUCUCAAAUCAUAAAGGAACUGACAAUAAAACUGUCAUGCUCAAGAAGAAGCAGUUGAGUAGUGAAAGGUUAGUUCAUGAAGUGUAUGAAAAUCAGAAUAUUUCGGAUCCCCAACAAGUGUCCAGUAAGACUUGGGCUACUAAGAUUUCAGUACUUGACGCACCUGAAGAGAAAGGGUACAGAUUUUGUUGCCGUUUUUGUAACAAACAAUAUCACUGGCGUUCACAUUGGAAAGCUCAUGAAAGAAUACAUACUGGAGAACGACCUUUUAAAUGUGAAAUUUGUGGGAAAGAUUUCACAAGAUCUGAUGGUUUACAAUGCCAUAAACACACUCAUUUGAGGAAGAAAGAUUCAACAAAUUUAAUGAUUAAAAAUGAAGAGUAUGUACCAAAAGGUGAAUCAUUCAAUGACGGCAAUGACAAGUCUUCUGAAGAAGUAGAGCUAAAAAAUGAGGGGAAGGAACAUUUCAAGAAUCGAUUGCAUAACAAGGUAAAAUUUUCGAAAGCCAAAAAAGGCUUUCAUUGCCAUUUAUGCAGAAAAAGCUUUUACAGUUCAAACGGGUUGCAACAUCAUUUACGCCAGCAUAGCAAAGUCAAAGGUGUGGCCGGAAACUUUCACGAUAGAUGUUGA